GCUGGCUCCAACUCUGCUGAUGCCCUCUGCCUCUGCCACUGCCUGUCUGUCUCGCGCGUACCAAGCACCGCAUCGAUGGCGUUCCGCCGCCGCGGCUUCCGGCGCGGCUGGGGCGGGCCGUUCUGGGGCCCGGCCCCGCUGCUCUACACGGGGGCAGCCGUCGGCGCCGGGUACGCGAUCGGAAGACGCGGCGGGGACUAUUACGGCGAGGACCCUUACCCCCAGCCGGGCGUCGCGCCGCAGCAGCGGCCGUCGCAGCUCGUCGUUCGCGUGCACGCGGGGUCCGGGCUCCGCGACCGAUGCUGGACGACGCGGCAGGACGUCGUCGCCGAGGUCUACUUGUACAUCGACGGAAGUCUGUUCAGCCGCGCCCGCGUGCCCGAGGUCGCGCGCGGCGGCGGCGGCGACCCGGUCUGGCGCGGCGGGCGCAACGCCGUCGCGCUGCCGCUGCCGCCGCGCCUCGACCUCGCGCGGGCGUCGCUCUCGGUCCAGCUCCUCUGCGCGAACGUCCUGAUGCAGGACCAGCUCAUCGGCACGACGGGCCAGGGCUGCGCGGCCGUGGCCGACGGCCAGCCGCGCGACACCGAGGUCGGCCCGCGGGGCCGGCUCACGUGGACCGUGGAGUACCAGCCGGGCCUGGACCAGGCCGUCGACGCGCGGCCCGCCGCGCGCGCGCAGCCCCAGCCGCAGCCCGCCGUCUACGGGGCCGUCCCGAUGGCGACGGCCAAACCGGUCCCGGCCUACGCGCCGCCGCCCGCCUACGAGCAGCCGCCGCCGCCGCCCGCGUACCAGCAGCCGCCGCCCGCCUACGAGCAGCCGCCGCCGCCGCCCGCGUACGAAGAGCCGCUGCCCGACAACCCGUUCGUGCCCAAGUCCUAGCCCCCCCUUCCCUACGUGUGCGUAAGAGGCGAGGAAGCUUC